GGCAAUAAAACUGUAAUCAGGCAAACGUUUCCUAAAAUUGAGUAGCUUUAGGAUUCGGUCCGGCGAUAUUGAGAUAAUGACACAAAUAAUAUAAUUGAAAGCUUUUCUCAACCAAAUAAAACUUGUGGAUAACAAUAAAACGACCAGCUCUAGUGUGUUUUUGUUUUUGGUAUGUCUGAAAAAGUGACGUGGAAGAAAAAAAAGUAGAACGAUGAAGUGGGGAAAAAAGUGAAAAGCUUCUCAGAGACGAUGAUGGUCUCACUAGCUUCAUGGGUUUCGUCCCCAUCUUCUUCUCUCUUCCUUAGUCGUCGCGAGAGAUUACAUUUGGUGAAAGCCACGGUCGAUGGCAGGAACCGGAUUGUCCCACCGGCAAAAGAUCAAAUCCCUAACAAAGAAGUAACGGAGAGUGUGAAUCUGUUAAAAACCGCUGCAAAAACUCGGAAAGUUGCAGCAGAUGAGAUUUUAGCUGCUUUUUCUGCUAUUGAAAAGGCUAAGAUUGAUCCAUCCACAUUCCUUGAAACCCUUGGUGGUACCGAGUCUCCUGGACGAACAUGGAUGCUCAUCUUCACCGCCGAGAAGAAACUGAACAAAGGUCGUUAUUUCCCUCUAACCGCUGUUCAGAGAUUUGAUGCUGCGGGAAAAAGAAUAGAGAAUGGGGUGUAUCUUGGUCCAUUAGGAGCAUUAACAUUCGAAGGAAGGUUUUCUUGGAAGAACCGGAUACUAGCUUUCGUCUUCGAACAGAUCCGCAUAAAGAUUGGACCAUUAGAUCCUCUAGAGAUCAGUUUGGGGAAGAAAGAUGCCGAGGAAGAGCCGAGUAAUAAAGACCCUUUCUUCAUUUGGUUUUACAUCGAUGAAGAAAUAGCCGUUGCUCGAGGAAGAAGUGGCGGUACAGCUUUCUGGUGUCGUUGUCGCCGCAUUGCUUCCUCAUGACUCUCUUCUUCUUCUCAAAAGCUCUCCUUGUAAAUGAUAUUUAAUGUCAUUGAGUUCAUUUGUAAUGUUCUGAUGUAAAACAGGAUGGUUUUGUAAUAUAACAGUUUUUGAUUUGGUUCGAACCGGGUUGAGUAGACAA